ACCCCCAAGCUCCCAUCUGCAUCCUCACUCCCAGCAUCACCUCUCCUCCCCUGGGCCAGUGGUGCUGAGGCCCCAGAGCCCCACAUACUGCAGGCCUUGGGGCUGGGGUUCCUGGGUGAUGUGUGCUGGCUGCCAGCAGAUGCUCAACAUACAAAAGAAGAGAAUGAGGCAAACUUCAGUGCCCUGCCCUGAGCGUGCUGCCUGUCCUGAGUGUUGUGGAGAUGCGCCGCUGCCUUGCAGGGCUGUGGAGCUGUGAGUGGAGCCGUGCUGUUGUGCAGAGCCCAGGGUUGGAGGCUUCUGCUGAGGACAGAGCACAGUGUGAGCCUGGAAAGACAAAUGUCUGGUGAAGCCUGCAGAACAGAGUGUUCAUGCCAUCCCUGCUGCCUGCACUGGGUUUCACUGCUGGUGCUCCAGAAAACCUGCUCUGUGGCAGCUUAGGGCAUGGCUCCAGCAGCACCUGGCUAUAGGAGUGAUGGAGAGGAACUCUGAGCCCACUGCCAGUAAAUCCCAGGGCUUCAGUGCUUUGGGUUGUGCAGGGCGGUUCUGCUUUGUGUUUCCAUCUCCAUUUCUCCUUUUUCCUUUUGGCGUUCUUCCUUCAGCGUCCAACAUCUUCAGGUGAGAUCACUCAUGGUUCAGCUUACACAGCUUUUCUCCAGGGCCUGGCAUAUGUCUCAGUCUUCUUCCUGAACCAAAAUCCUGUCUAGGUGUCAUAAGGAAACCAAGCACUGGAUGCACCAGACUGUAGAGUGGAAGUUGAACCAGCACGAUUUACAGGGUCAAGAGGGCAAGGUUGUGCCAGGCAGCUUCUCCCACCCCCGGUGUUAUCAGUCAGAUAGGACCUAACCUUUGUACAAGUCGUCAAUGCGUAUCCUUAGAUACAACAAAUAUGUGCUUUUGCCUCGGUUAGGGUGACCAUUCUUGAAGCUGUUAAGGAACUCUUAAUCACUCUGCAAGGACUGAGCUUGUCUUCAAAGAUCAGAGCACCUUAAGAAAAGAUAGUUAAGGAAGCUAGCCCGCAGGAAGGGAGAUUAGCCCUGUCUUUAACUGACCACUUGUAGGCUGGACGCUGUAUGAGGGUUGUGGUCAAGUGAUAAAAAUAUGCAUUAAAAAGUGUCACGAAAUCUUGGAGUGCGCUAGUUUUGUGGGAGAACACCCAGCACUUCUGCAACCUUGCCAUAAAUCCAUACCUGUGUGAGUGAGAUCGGCUCACUGCGUGGCCCUCAGGGGUCUGCCUUUUGGACAACAGUCCUCUGGAAAGCCAAUGGCAUGGCCUCACCUCGCCAGGAUUAACCUGCUGCAGCAGGGGAGGAGCGGGGGACUGGUCAGACAGUGCACAACACCGGCCUUUUGGCUGGGGACUCCAUUGGGUGCUCAUCUCUGCUUGCGUGGUGACCCUGAGGACAACGCUUCGAUCGAGGAGAACUGCUGCAACUGCUGUGGCCGCCCAAGGACCGGCCCAGCCUCUUUCACUUCACCCACGUCCCACACCUCGCACCACUGACAGCUGGAGCAGUGGUUCUGCUGCUGGACACGUGCAGGUGCUAUGAGGGAUGCGCUGCCGGAAGCGCACGCUGCUGGGGCUGGCCCUGUGCCUGCCGCUCGGUCUGUGGCUGUUGUUCCGGGCCUCCGUGUCCGGCCUAGGCCUCUCUCCUUCCCUCCCCACCGUCAGCUGCACCGCCAGCUUCAACGCCUCCGCCUGGUUCAGCGCGCGCUACGAUGCUGCCGUGGGGCCUCUGCUGAGCGGCCCGGCCCACGAGCUCUCCCCGGACGUGGUUCACUGGUGGCUGACCCUGCAGGGCCCCUCCAGCAUCGCCCCGCUCCAGGCCAUCAUCCGGAAGCUCUUUGCUGUCCUCCCGGCCCCCAAUGGCAGCGUGUGGGACCCGUCACGCUGCAGGACGUGUGCCGUGGUGGGCAACUCGGGGCGGCUGAAGGGGUCCCGCCAUGGCCCGCAGAUCGAUGCCCACCACUGGGUGCUGAGGAUGAACAGAGCUAAGACAGCGGGCUUUGAGGUGGAUGUCGGUGCGAGGACGACCCAUCACUUCAUGUACCCAGAGAGUGCGAUGAACCUCUGGCCUGGUGUCCACCUUGUCCUCGUCCCCUUUAAGCCACUGGAUCUCAAGUGGGUGACCAGCGCCUUCUCCACAGGAGAGCUCACACACACCUACACAAGAGUGAAGCAGUUCAUCAAAGCUGACAGAAACAAGGUGCUGAUCCUGAGCCCAGCCUUCCUCAAGUACAUCCAUGAGAACUGGACGGAGCACCAUGGCAGGUACCCCUCCACCGGCUUCACAGCGCUGCUCUUCGCCUUGCACGCCUGCCAGCAGGUCUCCGUGUUUGGCUUUGGGGCUGACAGCAAAGGGAACUGGCAUCACUACUGGGAAGAAAACCGCUGGUCUGGAGCCUUCCGCAGAACAAGGGUCCACGAUGCUGAUGUCGAAUUCAGCCUCAUCCAGAGACUGGCAGCUGAAGGCAGAAUAUUAUUCUAUCAGUGACACACACUCAAGAAACGAGGCCAAGCCGUUAGCACAAGAACCGGCGGCUGCAGCAGCUCUUUAGCUUGCUUCUGCCCCUCGCUGGCUGGGGCAGCCUACGCUUGGCGUGUGCUGUGCUGGUCCCACCAGCUCAGCACGGCAGACAGCAGUGAGCAUGAAUGGCAGUAGAGCUCUGCUAAGCCUGAGAGAUUCCUGCUGCAGGUCUUGGUCUUCUCCAGAGAGGACACAGAGGGGCAGGAGGGGGGCAAACCCCGUGCUUUCAGAGCCCUCAGUUCAGGUGCUACACAGCAGAGCGGCUGUAACUGGACGGUGCGCACACAGCCAGCUGCCAGUGCAGCUCUCAGGGGAUGGAGCUGAGAUGUCCACCCUCUGAUGGCACAGGGGGAGGUUCUUUGGGCAGGCGGAGAGUCUUAACAGAACAAAGGAAUAUAUUUUUAAAUUGCACCAAAGGAGAGAAAGAAACGAGAAAAUGAAGCGCGCUAAGUCCGAACGCAGCAGAAAUGAGUACAGCUGAAAUGUUGAAUAAACUUUGACAGCACAUGAA